AUGCCUCCUCGGUUACGGUGUCAAAAUUUCUCAACAUCGGCCACCCCAUCGCAGGCCACUCAGUGCUUAGCUGCACGGCCACAGGUCGCCUGGAGCCCAUCACGGCAUUCGCGACAUUUCUCACAGACACCAUGUCCACAAAUCACAUUACGGCGGCGGAAAUUCUAUGAGUGGCUCAAUGGGCCGGGUCGACAGCUCAAGGAACCUAUACCCGACUCCACAAACUACCUAGGAGCUUACGACAAGUACGGUAACCUGGUACGCGCUGGCCCUGGAUGGCGGAGAGAUGGGGGUGCGAAGGCUGCUGCCUCGACUGAGGCAGAGCAAGCUGGAGCCGAGGCCAAGGCAGAGGAGACGACAGAAAAGGCCACGCCUGCAGGACAGGAGAGCCUGGAUGCACUAGAUGCUGCCAUUCAGUCUGGUGCAGCCGAGGAGAAGGAUACCAAGAAGCCGAAAGAAGCGGACGACGACAGCAAGCUUCCGCCUGAGACGGCAGAGGACUUGCGGCCAUUCCCCCUCAAUCAGUGGUUCCGCAGCCAGCCAGUAUUGAGCGAAGACCUCCGGGAAGCAAUCUGGCGGAGAGUCAAGAAAGAUGGGGCGACAGUAUCGCUCGCCAGUGUCGAGUUUGGCGUCAGCAAUGAACGCGUCGGCGCUGUUGUGCGACUGAAGCAAAUGGAGAAAGAGUGGAUAGCGCAGGGCAAAACACUCGCGCUCCCUUACUCCAAGGCGGUUCUUUCCAUGCUUCCAACAACCCCACACAUCGAUACCUCGCUUCCUGGGAACAAAAACAAACGUCCUAUCACGCACGAGCCCAUCAAUGACCUCGCGGUACACCCCGCGACACGCCAGCAGCUCUUUGUGCCUGUUGCUGAGUCUCGGCAAUUCACGCGUGAAGAUGCUGGCAAGGCUUUUGACAACACGUUGUUGCCGGCCGACGCACGCAUUCCUCAUCCAGAACUUGUUCAGGCUGAGCGUGAGUUGCAGUCUGGACUUUCGUUCGAGGAGCGCAAGAAACUUGCCGAGCAGCGAUUUGAACAAGAGCAAGCAAAGAAGAGGCAAGAAGAGAAGCGCAAAGAAGAGGAGCUUAGGGCCAUGAAAGUGGUGCCGCAGCGGAGGUGGGAUUUCGUCUUCAAGGACGUCAGCGUAGAGACUGCAGGCAGAGACGGCAGAGGCGCCGCGGCUGCUGGAUGGCGGUAUGGUGUGCCGCACCAGGACCGCAAACGAGGCAUCCCCAAGAUUCCCACAAAGGUCGAGGCCUAA